AUGGCAUUUUUCCAAUUGAUACUGCAUGCCAAUCACUUAGAAAAAGUAAGGAAAGCUUACGAAGAUGAAAAAUUGACGUCGAUUGAUAUUUGGAAAAGUGGCGAACAUCGAUUUACAAUAAAACAGCGAAUUCGCCGAAGAAAAUUAUGGAUUAGAAAGAAGUUUAGACUUCUGGGUAAAAAAAUCCUUACUUAUCUUUUUCGAGAAGAUUCUUGGACGUAUAAAAAAAUAAUUGCGAUUCGUACCGAUGGUACAUUGGAAAAUUAUGUUUUCAAAAGUUUUAUCGGAUUUUUUGGUGGAAUAUUCUUAACGUAUAUCUUUUUCAUAUUUUUCGUUUUCCAAUUGCAUUUCAAACUAUCGUCCGCAACAUUCCUUUGUACGAUAAUAGGAACGAUUCUCACCCUUGGUCUCGCAUUUUCUCUUCGAGUUCGUUGCAUUGUAUUUCUAUUAUUGCCACAAUUGUUCUCAAGACGAGGAAAGCAAGCCUUAAUGGCGUACGCGUUUAUUUUAGCUUUAACUGGACCGGUGAAAAAUACUUUGCACAACAUGGGUAUACUCUCAGAAUCAUUGUCUUGUGCGCAAGAACAGUUAAAAGAAGCGAUAAAGACCGUGGUGGAUUUAGCGAAGCAGCCAUUUUACGCUCUACGAGAUGCAAUAUCGAAAGUUGUAAAGUCAGUGAAAGUAGUCGUAAAAAAGAUAAAGCAAACUCUAAUUGCGAUUAAAAGGAUCGUUCUCAGUAUUCUUAGAGUUAUCAGUUCGGUAUUUCAAUGGCUUGGAAGUAUUAUAAAUAUGUGUAAUAAAAAGUUGGGCACACCUUUCGAGAGGUGUCAAAACGUUUUUGAAGGUGCGGUGGCCGAUUGCAAAGCAAAAUUGGGGCCGUAUCUCGGCGUGGUUUGCAAUAUAACUUAUAUAGUCAGUACUCUGUGUUACAUAGUGAAACCAUUGGAUUUUAUUUGCAUGCUUGUCUCUUAUAUCUCCGACGCUGUAGUCGGUGUCGUACGAAACAAGAUUAAAAAGUUUACAAUGCACAUGAAAGCGAUGUUCUACGUUAAAGUUAAGUUCUCCCAUUCGUUUCAUUUCGAAACGAAUCAAACCAAAACGAUAAAAGAAGUGACUACGAAUAUUGGUAAGGAAAUACGAUCGAGAACCGACAGAAUAUUUGCAAUUUUCGAUAUUCUAAGUUUGGCCACCACCUUCUUCUUUUUCUUCGUAAUACUCAAAGUAUUGCAUUAUCGUUACAAAUGGUUAACCAGCGAGCGUUACGAUAAUCGAUACAUAACCAAUGAUAUACGUACCAUCGAUUUGAUAAGAGCGCGACAAGAGAAAGAGACAGUUUUGCCGCUCAAUCCGCGAGAACAGAGAAGAUAUGCAUCAUUAACAUCUACUAAGUUGAUCAAGCCCGAAAGGGUUAAAUUAGCUAGAUCUUUAAUAUUUUUAAGCAUGGCGACGAUGAAACUUAUCACCUUCAUGGCGAUAGAUUAUAGUCUUUAUUGGUUAUUAAAAAUGAUCCAAAUCUAUGGACGAUAUCAAAGUAAGGUGGAACGACCAACUGUGAUAACUAUUCAUGUAGCCGGUGAUGGAUAUUUAGCUGAACUUUAUAGAAGCAUCAUAAAAUCGUUUACACCUCAUGAGAAUGAAGCGGAAAUAGAUACCUUGCUUUGUCUUCCGGAUCCUAUACCUCCUAAUACGGAUGUAUAUGUCCAAAUCAUCACUAUAAUACUUUUAUGCUGGCUGAUAACUUUCUUUGAACCUUACGGUUUACGAUUAAGACAAGUGGUCAUGUGCCAAUAUUAUCCUGACAGAGCGAAACAAAGGGCAAUUUGGUUGUACAAUCAUAUAAUCAGGUCAAGAGUAAGUUUCUUGAAGUUCGCUAGACGUCAAUUGCGGCGAAAAUUCGGUUUGAGCGGAGACGAAGUCGUCGAAAAAAUGACAUUAAAGGAGAAAUUGUGGGCUAUGUGUCCAUUUUUGAACACGUUAUUCCCAUUAAAACAAACUGCGUGCCUUCUAUGUGGCGCGAUCGAACGUCCUGAGCACGAACCACAUAUCAAAUGCCCAACACCUGGUUGCGUUGGUCUGUAUUGCACGCAGUGUUUCGCGGAUUUGCAGAAAUUAUGCACAAUUUGUCGAAUGCCGGUGGAGUAUGGUGAUUUGACCGACAUGAGCGAGGAGAAAGAUUCAGAAAUUGACGAACCAUUAAUACCAAUGAUACCUGAGCCUGAAGAACCAGAAGUGGAAGAAGAGGAAAUAGAAGAAAUAGAGAUACCGGAGGAGGAAGAAAUAGAGAUACCAGAGGAGGAAGAAAUUGAGGUGCCGGAGGAAGAAGAAAUACCAGAAGAAGAAGAAAUAGAGAUGAUACCAGAGGAAGAAGAAAUAGAGAUGAUACCAGAGGAAAUAGAGGAAGAACCACCGAUAGAGGAAGAAGAAAUAGAGGAAGAACCACCGAUAGAGGAAGAAGAAAUAGAGGAAGAACCACCGAUAGAGGAACCACCAGUAGAGGAACCACCAGUAGAGGAACCACCAGUAGAAGAACCACCAGUAGAAGAACCACCAGUAGAGGAACCACCAGUAGAGGAACCACCAGUAGAGGAACCACCAGUAGAGGAACCGCCAAUAGAGGAACCACCAAUAAUCGAACCACCACCAAUAAUCGAACCACCACCACUAGAACCACCAAUAGAGCCACCACCGGUAAUGGAACCACUUGAAAAACCAGUAGAGCCUAUUCUUAGUUUCGAAUAUCAAGAAGAAGAACCUCCAGAGGAACCUCCAGAGAUUGUAAAACGGAGAAUACCUUUUAAAGAUGUGGAGGCACAAAGAAUAAGGGACGACGUAACAAUUCAAGUGCGUUUCAAUAUAAGAUGA